CGCGACAUUUGAGUCUGGAACAGCAAACUGAGCGGACGUUUGCUCGGCCGCGUCAUUGUAAUUUAACACGGAAAUUAACUCGAACUCGAUAUAAAAAAUUACAAUAAAGCAACAAUCAUAUAAAAUAUAAGCUAAUAAUAUUAGCUAUAAAAAGCGUUCAGCCAGAGAAACACAAUGAGAGCGAAUGAUAAUGACGAGAAUCUUUACCGGGAGCAGUUGCCGCAUGUGGGAUCCCUUAUCAGGGAGUGUGGACGAAAGUUGUGCCGUCCAUCGACAAUUACCAAUAAAUUUCCGAUCUUAACGUGGCUGCCACGUUAUCGCUCCUCGUAUCUGGUGCAGGAUUUCAUUGCCGGCUUCACAGUUGGACUCACAACGAUACCACAGGCGAUUGCCUACGGCGUUGUGGCUGGUUUGGAGCCACAAUAUGGACUGUACUCGGCGUUUAUGGGAGGCUUUAUGUACAUUCUUUUCGGUUCCUGCAAGGAUGUUACCAUUGCUACAACUGCGAUUAUGGCAUUGAUGGUCAACCAAUAUGCACAAUUGAGUCCGGAUUACGCGGUACUCGUCUGCUUUCUGGCGGGUUCCAUCAUCCUCUUGUUGGGAUUGCUCAACAUGGGAGUGCUGGUUCGAUUCAUAUCAAUACCGGUUAUAACUGGCUUCACUAUGGCUGCGGCCACAACAAUUGGCAGUGCCCAGAUAAACAAUCUUGUUGGCCUAAAGAGUCCCUCGAAUGAUUUGCUGCCCUCGUGGGAGUUCUUCUUUACGCAUCUGCCCUCGAUCAGGGUUUGGGAUGCCCUGCUUGGUGUUCUCUCCUUGGUUUUCCUGAUACUCAUGAAGCAAGUGACAAAAAUCAAAUGGGGCCAUAGGUUGUUCUGGAAAUACCUUUCGCUAUCUCGGAACGCCUUGGCCGUCAUCUUUGGCACAUUCCUCGCCUACAUUCUCAGUCGAGAUGGGAAUCAACCCUUCCGGGUUACGGGUAACAUAACCGCGGGCUUGCCACCCUUCCGAUUGCCGCCCUUUAGCACUACCGUGGAUGGGGAGUACGUAUCCUUUGGCGAUAUGGUAAGCACUAUGGGCACAUCCUUGGGUUCAAUACCAAUGAUUGCAAUACUGGAAAUUGUGGCCAUAUCCAAGGCGUUCUCUAAGGGUAAAAUUGUGGAUGCCUCACAGGAAAUGAUUGCAUUGGGAAUGUGCAACAUUAUGGGUAGUUUUGUGCUGUCGAUGCCGGUUACCGGUUCCUUUACCCGUACUGCAGUCAACAAUGCAAGUGGCGUCCGAUCUCCCCUGGGAGGAGCUGUGACUGGGGCCUUGGUACUGAUGGCCUUGGCCUUUCUCACCCAAACCUUUUACUUUAUACCAAAGGCGACGCUGGCGGCCUUGAUCAUAGCGGCAAUGAUAUCUUUAGUAGAGCCAGAGAGAAUAUCCGAGAUGUGGAAGUCAAAGAAACGGGAUCUCUUUCCGUUUCUGGUCACAAUUCUAACAUGCCUCUUUUGGAGCCUGGAGUACGGUAUACUCUGUGGUAUUGCCGCCAAUCUAGUCUAUAUACUAUAUAGUAGUGCUCGUCCGCAGGUUCAUAUAACGCUUGAGAAGAUCAACGGUUAUGAAAUUGCUCUGGUGGAUGUUAAACAGAAAUUGGACUACGCCUCCGCCGAGUUCCUAAAGGAGAAGGUUGUCCACUUUCUUAACCGACUCGACUCCAAGAUUCAUCUAGCGGUAAUCAAAGGACAGGAAAUUAAUUCCAUUGAUUAUACAGUUGCUAUGAACAUAAUUUCACUCCAAGGAGAUCUCAAGACUAUUAACUGUGAUCUGAUUUGCUGGAACUGGAAUAUCAGUUCCGCUGGCGUCGUCUGCCGUUUAAAGAAUGAGAUGCGUCCGAUCUUCAAGUUUGAUUAUGGUCUCGAGGAGUUGGUGAUUUCACACUUCGAAAGUCCAUCCAAUACGGCAUCGACAGUGACAAUGGAGACCGCACAAGAGGAUGCUGAAACUCCUUCCUAGGCUCUACAUAGUUCCCAUAAAAUUUAUAAUUCUACAGUAUUCAUAAAUAAAGCAGGCUGUACUUACUUUAACGUA